UCAAUUUAUCCAAUUUCCUUUUUAUUCCCAAAUUUUUUCAAAAUUUCCUUUCCGGACACAUUUUCCAUUUCAGAUUCUUACCUCCCAAGCUUCCUUUAUUCAUUUCGGGCUCGGGUUGGGUUAAAAGCCUUCUUCUUCUUCUUCUUCUUCUUCUUCUUCCAUUUUGCAUGAAAGUUCUGCACUCUCUGCGCAUUUGAAUUCCAGAGCCGAAAGCUUCCUUACCCUCUGGCUUUCUGCGGCGCAAAAUAGAAUUCGUCAGAGCUAUGUUUCACUCACACUGCACUCUUUCGAGGAAAGGCCCUUCAGGUGCCAUUUGGGUCGCUGCUUACUUCUUCAAAAAGCUUAAGAAAUCUCUGGUUAUAGAUACUGAUAUUCCAUCCUCUGUUGAUAAAAUUUUGCAAGAUGAACUGAAUGCUGUGACAUAUAGAGUAAUGGCCUACCUCCUCCUCGGCAUCGCCCGGAUCUAUUCCAAAAAAGUUGAAUAUCUGUAUGUUGACUGCAAUAAAGUGCUGACCGAAAUCAACGAAUUUGUGGUCAGCACAAAGAAUAGUGCUAGAAAGGAAAAGCAAACACCUUAUUAUGCUAUUACCCUUCCUAAAAGAUUUGAACUCGACGCGUUUGAUCUGGGGAUUCUUGAGGACCUUACUGGAAGCAACAUGGUAUGCCAUGAAGAGAUUACCCUCAAAGAUAGCAUGUGGAAAAAUGACAUCACACUGUCGAUUGACGAGAACCAUGGCGAGGAAUUCACUCCACUUCACAGUAUUUGCUAUUCUGAUGAUACCUUAUUCAAAGAAGUCUUUUCGCCUCACCUCAAGGACAGUGAGAUGCAGGCAAGCUCAUUACAUCACGAUAUUGUGUCAGAAAAUUUUCAAGUGAGUGCAUUCUCUGAUGAAAAUUAUGAGAUUGAGGUAUUUGGAAUUGGGAAUACGCAUAUCAAAGCAAUCGAACAAUUUAAUGAAGAUCAUCGAUCUGAUGAAGAAGAGAUGAAGAAGGAGAAAAUGCUGCAAUAUGAACAUGUAGUUCCUGAAGCAAGCACUGAAAUGGUUUUGACUGAUAGAUUUUCUCAUGAAGAAACUGUAAUUGACAAGGAAGUUUCUAUAACAGAGCAUUUGAAAUUAUCUGAAGAAGUUAAUCAGAUCGUGGGAAUUCGAUCAGAAAAUGAACUUGAGUUCGUGAACGGAGACGAUAACAUCAGCACCUCGGAAAGAAGCAUGGAGAAACUUAGAGAUAAUUCUGCAACUCUUGUGGAUAGCAUGGAUAUCAACGUGUCUUGGAGUGCACAAAAUGAACCUACAAAACUUAUUGGAACGGAUAGUGAAGGGGAUGCUUUGAAUUUUCUUGAAAUGCAAUCACCUGAAAUGGAAGACCGUGAUGGAUCUCGAAACAGUCUUCAACUAUCUAUUUCACUUGAUGGAAUGUUUGAUUCAAAAUUUCCAGAUUUUACAGGUACCAAGACACCUGAGUUUACAACAAUUUCGACUCCAGCUAAUAAGGAGAGACCGAGGACAUCAAGGAAGAGAAAAUGCAUUGUUGACGAUCCUAUUGUUUUGUCGAACGAAAAAUUUAAGCGAAGCAUAUAUGAUGCCAGCAACUUGGUUUCAAAAAGAAGCAAAUGUCCUCGUAGUGGUCUUGCUGUCUGGAAAGCUAGUCAAAUUUCUAGUCUCUCCUUUGGCUUCUCAGUGCCUUUGAUGUCCUGUGUUUCGCCCGAGCUUAAGUCCCUUCUUUCUAAGACGUUAGUGAACAUAUCGGAAUCUGCUGAAUUGGUGAAAUCUGCUGAAAACUUGGAUGAUCCAAGUUCUCCAGCUUUUGACAUGUUAGUGAAAAUGGAUAGCCCGGUCACAGUUUCCAAAACUGGAGGGCAUUCAAAUGAACCAGAGAUUUCUGGAUCUCCCACUACCUACAGAUCUGAACAAACCACCAUUUCUGUGGAUAGAGCUUCAGUUUCUGAAGCUUCUGUCCUGGAACAGUUGUCUACAUCAGAACCUCAAACUUCAGAUAGACUCGAGCAAAUAGCAAUAGCACCCGGGACACCGGUUCGGUGCUCAACAUCAGCUAGAUUAUUUGGGAGUCCAGAUAGCCCUAAAGUUCCUAACUCGAAAGCACAGCUAAGGUUUUGUGAAGAGGAUGCACUGGAACCCGGAAGCCCUGCGAGAACAAGAAUGGUAGGUGGUUAUCUUCUCCAAAAUUUUAGAAAUCAAAGGGGGCAAACUGUGGAAGAGGGUGCAAAUUUGAGACACCUUCUUAGCAGGAAAACGAGAAAAGAGAGUGCUAAAGUAUUCUAUGAGAUAUUGGUACUGAAAACCAAAAACUGCGUGGAUGUGAAACAAGAUUGUGCGUACGGUGACAUCUUAGUAUGGAAAUUGGGAAACUGGGACACAGAGGCGAGUUUUGAUGUAGAGUAGAGUAGGUGAUGAGUUUUAGGUGGUGUUGAAGGGGACUGAGGCUAGUUUUGAUGUACAGUAAGUUCCAUAAGUUAGCAGCAGCAGCAGCAGCAGCAGCAGCAGCAGCAGCAGC